CUCAACUUUUCUGUAAACUUUCAUGCCUUUUGACGAGAUUUGCGUUUUGCUCCAUUUCCUAUUGUGUGUUUUGUUAAGUUUUACAUUUUAACAAAACGGGACCGUUUUUACUAUUCAAAAUUAAAUACAGAAAGGAGAAAAAAUAAUCCUGGAGUCGUCGGAUUUAGAAAGAGGCAAGCUUGCUUGCUACGGAUUAUCGUCAAGUUCGCUAAUGGAACAGACGACGUUUGGGGAGGUGAACCAGCUUGGCGGAGUGUUUGUCAACGGUCGACCCUUACCUAAUGCCAUCCGACUUAGAAUUAUAGAGCUUGCUCAGAUGGGAGUGAGACCAUGUGAUAUAUCUAGACAACUUAGGGUGUCACAUGGAUGUGUUAGUAAAAUACUUGCCAGGUACAAUGAGACUGGGUCAAUACUUCCUGGAGCCAUUGGUGGCAGCAAGCCAAGAGUUACAACACCCAAUGUUGUUAAACAUAUAAAAAUAUACAAGGAGAGGGAUCCAGGGAUAUUUGCUUGGGAAAUAAGGGACAAAUUGCUUGCGGAUGGCGUCUGUGACAAAUAUAAUGUGCCUUCAGUGAGCUCAAUAAGUCGGAUUCUUAGAAACAAAAUUGGAGGGAGUACUUCACCAACGAGCCAAAGUCCUAAUAUGGAAUCAAAGAACAUAAUGGGCCCACCACCACCAGGCCCAUUAUACAACCCUCAGUUUCCAAUGUAUCAAUAUUCUUGCCCACCACCUUCAAUGCCCUCUUGUGCACCACCACCGAUACCCGCUCCUCAACCGAGCUUUCCGCAAUUAAACCAUCAAAUGAAUAAUAAAUCACAGAUGUCUAAUUGUGUUACGCCGUGCAUGAUGCGAGCCUGGGCAUCCUCUCACUCUGUGAAUGACAUUUUGGGUUUCAGGGCUCCAACCCAACCAAUGUCUCAAUCAGCACCCAUGCCUAUGCCAUGUGAACCAAUGAACAAUCCUCAUCAAAUCAGCCAAAACUAUAACAUGAACUAUUACGGAAUGAAACAAACUGUUCAACCUAUGUACUUACAAAGCUGAGACCAAACACUAACCUUGAAUGAAUAUAUUUGGCAGAUACUUUGGCAUAUGAGCAUGCAUUAUUCCAAAUUACUAGAGUGCGUAAACAACUGUAAAGGCCAACCACGAGGAGGAGGAAGGCGAGAAUGAAUAAGAAUGAAGUUUCAAGGAAAAACUUGGCAAAAUAUUUGUAUACACCAACAGUUUUAGUUUAUAAUAUUAUACUAGAGAGUACAGAGGUCUUGCUAGAAAUGGGAUGGGCACGAUAUUUACGUGUCUUCCUUCAUCUUGAAAUUUCUUCAUGAACUGAAAAAAAAUAUUGUGAUCAUAACAUGGGAGCUGAAAAACACAGGAAGUGUGUAAUUUGAAAUUCCUGGAUCAUAAAAAUAGUGAGUAGUGUUUAGAAUUACAUCUAAAUGAACGCUAUAUUGUUACACAUAUCAAACGGUAGUAACAUCGGUUAUCUCACUUCAAACGCGCCACAAAAGCAGUUACACCACAGUCUUUAGAUAGCUGGAUCAAAAGGAAAUAUUUGAAAAAGUUAAAAGAUUGUAAAACGAAUUAAAACUUCGAAGAAGUAUAUCAGUGACAUGUUUUACUCGUAUUAUUCGUUGACCAACCUAUACAAGAUCUUAUUAAUUCUCAAGGGUCUCUUGUUUCUGAUUAAUUCUAGUAAAUAAUACAAAAAGAACCCAUUCUGAAUGUGCAACUAUGAAAUAGUUUGUUGAUGUAUUCAUUACAUUCUUCGUAAACGCCGACAUUUACGUUCUUUGAUAAUCUUAGUAAUUAUAAAUGUAGUACCAGACAACAGUUUUACACGAGGUAUAUUAAUGCACUUUCCUUAAGGUAAUUGGUCUUUUCAGUAUGGUUUGAAACUGUAUCUUCUUGUAUGAAAUGUAAGUGUUCAAAAAGAUUUUUUUUUCAAGAUGUGGAAUUUGCAACAUACAAAUAAUUAGCAUUUACAUCCAAAAAUAGGGGUUCAUAUCACAAAUUACAAUUUCUUUAUAAAAAAAAUAGUUUGCCUCGUUAGCAAUUUUACAAUAAUACUAAUCAACUAAAAACUACAUUAAAAUUACAAACAUUUUGGUUUUUAGAGGAUUGCGGCUGUAAACUAACGAAUAAGGGAACAUGUUUAUAGUAUGUAUAUUUCGAUUAUAUCUCCACCACGGAAGAACAGUUUUACUAACCAUUAUUUCUCGGUCAAAGAAUAUUUAUUCAUACAUUCAUUAUACAAUAUAAUUGUUCAGUUUUCAUAAUUUCGUUUUUGAUGUCUUGUUUUUCAAAAAAUAAUACCCCGAUGAAAAUGGUUAUUCUCAUUUGUAUUGAUGUGACAUGUAUAACAUUUGAAUUUUAUGUCUCAUUUCACAUGCAUAAUAUGUUGUAGACUGUAUUCCAGGUUUAAUGUCAAGGACUUAUAUCACAGUUGUAUUUAAUACAGCGAGAUUAAAAUGUCAAUGAAAUCAA